AUGGGUAAAAAGAGUGAUGAUUUGGUCACUCAUCUGAGAACAACUACUAUAACACAAGGUUCAAGACUACUUCUCGAAAAGAAGGCGGUCCAUGCUGAGCACAACUGGAUAGUCGUUAAAGGCGAAGGAGGAGAUGGGAUGGGUCCUGUAACAGGAGGACAUGAAGACACCGGAAACGAUGGUGGUGGUGGUGGAUAUGGUGAGGGUCCUGGAGGUGGAGGGGAUGGCGGAUAUGGUGGGGGUCCCGGAGGUGGAGGGGAUGGCGGAUAUGGUGGGGGUCCCGGAG